AUGUCUCAAUCCACUUCUACUACUGCUGCGACCCAGGUGGUCACCGACGUGGCCCCUGACGCCGCUGUUGCCACCAUCCUGCGGGAUGCCCCUUGCUGCCGUUGCCUUGACGCCAUGGCAAAAUGGUCCCCAUCUGAGGAGGAGCCUGAGCCCCCUCAGUGCCGCGAGUCCACUUCUGCCUCUGGAAAAUGCGCCCGUUGUGCCGCAAUGCGCGGCAAGCUCUGCACGCCCGUAUUCCCCCUCCCUGAGUGCCGCUCCUGA